GGAGACGCGGUCCGGAUGACAGUGCAGUACAGUGCAGUAGUGGCCUUGCACCGCGUCGCAUACCACCAACAUCUAUAUAAACACUACAGAUACAACAACAAGAAGCGAUAACAUGAACGUUUAAUGCGAGCCAUGAACUCCAGCAGCGCCAAGUAUCUGGUGAUAGGCGGCGGCAUAGCUGGCGUUUCCUGCGUGGAAGAGAUCGCUUCCCUAUGCCCUGACGAUGACAUCCUCCUCCUCACAGCAUCCCCAGCCGUCAAGUCCGUCAUCAACUGGAGGCAGGUGUACGGAGCCCUGGAGCAGUUUGAUGUGGAGGAGCGAGCAGGGAGUCACCUGGAGGCCGCUCACCCCAACGUGCGUGUCCACCUGGGCACGGCCUGCCGCUUGGAUGCCGCUCGCAAGGUCGUGCACACGGACGCGGGCGAGGAGCUCGCCUACGAGAGGCUCUGCAUCUGCACGGGGGCACGACCCAAGGUCGUGGCCGAUGGCAAUCCCCACGUGCUGGGCAUCCGGGACACGGACAGCACACAGGAAUUUCAAAAGAGGCUGGAAAAGGCGAGGCGGGUGGUGGUGAUCGGGAACGGAGGGAUUGCGCUUGAGCUCGUCCACGAGGUGCGGGGCUGCGACGUGAUCUGGGCCAUAAAGGACCGCGCCAUCGGCACGUCAUUCUUCGACGCCGGCGCCGCCGCCUUCUUCCUGCCGCACCUGGUUAAGACGGCGCCAGGGUCGGCGUCGGGCACCGUCUCUGGGCCCUGCAAGCGGCAGCGCUACGCGCCGGGGCGAGAUUCACACGGCAGCACACAGGCAGAGCAGAGUGCAGCCAUUGGCAGUGCCUUAGGACCCGACUGGCACGAGGGCCUAAGCCUGGAAGGGGCUCAAAAGGGGCCGUGCAGGGUUCAUGUGGAGUACGGCUGCGAGGUGGAGAGGAUCCUCUCUCCGGAGGAGGUCGUCGCGUGCUCCGAGACGCCGCUGGCCUUCCCCGGACCGGACUCCCCGCAGCCCGACACCGAGCUCUGGCCCGUGUACGCCAGGCUCACCAACGGGCGCACGUUCGGCUGCGACCUCGUCGUCAGCGCCACGGGCGUCGUGCCCAACGUCGCUGCCAUCGUCGCUCGCAACGAGCUGGCGCUGGCCGACGACGGGGGGCUGCGCGUGGACGAGCAGAUGCGGACGUCCGUGCCGUGCGUCUACGCUGCUGGGGACGUGUGCUCCGCUGCCUGGGAGCCCCGGCCGCACUGGUUCCAGAUGAGGCUGUGGACCCAGGCGCGCCAGAUGGGCGCCCACGCGGCGCGCGCAAUGGCGGCGCACGCGGACGGGCGGCAUGCCGAGCUCGACCUCUGCUUCGACCUCUUCACCCACGUCACCAGCUUUUUCGGCUACAAGGUGAUACUGCUGGGACGCUUCAACGGGCAGGGCCUGGCCACGCGGCUAAAUAAAGACGGAGGCGGUGGCAGCAGUGGCAACGCCGGCACCGGUGGUGGUGGUGGUGGUGACGCAAAGGUCGAUGGCGAUGACGGUGGCAAUGGGAACGGCGACGGCGGCAAUGGGAACGGCGGUGGCGAUGGAAGCGACGCCGGCGCUGAAGUUGGUGGCCGCAGCGGCCAGGAGCUGCUGGUGCGCAGCAGCGGCACGCUGGAGUACGUGAAGGUGGUGCUGUUGGACGGGCGCAUGGCGGGCGCCGUGCUCGUGGGCGACACGGACCUGGAGGAGACAUUCCACAACCUCAUCCUCAACGGCACCGACCUCUCGCCCUACGGCGAGGAUCUCCUGCACCCCGACGUAGAUAUCGAGGACUACUUCGACUGAACGGCGCAGGGGGGUCCGCAGGAGGAGGGGGGGAUGGGAUUGGGCUCGGAAAUUUCGGAUGAGCUGGCACAAACCAUUGUCAUCGUCAUUGGCCACAAUCGAUCGACUACUAGACGAAGGCCUCGCUAAGCCUUCGCCACGCUCGUGGUUUUGCGACGCGACGUGUGUGUGUGUCUGUACGUUGAACUUAUUUCGCAUCGUACGUGGCCGACCGCGCUAAUCGGAGGUGCGGGGGGACGUGCGCACGGCGCCUCGCAGGCGAGGCGCCUUCGUCGCAUCACCCGGCACGGGAUGUCAGGUGACGAGUUCGGGGUGCCGUGUUGACGGUGAAGGAAAGCGAGCGGGCUCGGGCAGGGCUAGAAGGCAUUGGUCUCGGACCUGCGGUUGAAACUCAACAACGGAGCGGAAGCCAAAGCUGGGAGCACUCCCCAAGAGAGGGCGCCCAAAGCUCACAAUGUGCGACGCAUCGCCAAGUCGGCACGAGGCGGUGAAACUCGCGUCCGCGUCCCCCGCGCAGCGACAGAGUUUUAGUGAGCGACCCACAGAAGCUGGCGUCGCAGAACUACCUCUCGACGCACCUUCACCCCGGGCCCUCUGCCCAACACUGGACCGGUGCCCCUUUUGGCUCCGUCCAGGUCGUUUUGUCACGCGGCACUCGUGCCAUCGUUUUCGCAUCUCGGUGCGGGCACAUGCUCACUCCGGCGAUCAACCCAAAUGUUUACGCGUUAGAUUUCGUGCGGAGGCAUUGCUGAUUGGGUCGGAAUGAUCGACCUGUUCAGCUACGCGAUCUCUUCUUUCAGUGCGAGAGGCUGAAGUCCGAAUGCGAACCCAGUUCAUCAGGCAAAUAAAACGCGUGCUUACAAA